GGUUGAGUUUGUUGUAUCGCUGCGCGACUAGGGUUACGGACAACUGUUUCGUGUGCGUGGGUGUAACUAGUGUUCUUGUAAGGAGAAGAAUUCCUCAGGACUUUGACCACUUGCCGGAAGUCCAAAGUCCGCGGAGUGAUCCGAAGAUUCGGCGAAGAAGUGGCGUACUCACUGCUCACAUAUGAGUAGCAGCAGAUUAGCAGUGCUUGAAAAGUGGAGUGGAAUUAAUGAAAUUACAAUCCAUUUCUGUGGUUUUCGUGUGAGGCUGCUGCGUACUCGCGCAGGGUGAAUCAAACCAUCAAGCAGUAGAAGCGAAGAAGUGGAAGAGUGGAAGGCUGCAAGGAAGAAGGAAAUCAAGAGAAUAAUAAUACCUGUGUGAUUUGAGAGUGAUAGACGCAGCAGCAGCAGACACAUUGGUGGUUGAAGCACUGCACACAAGAAGACUUGUCGAGGAAACCGGUUUGCUCGCGUUGCCCCAGCUCUCCUUUGGCUGCGGAGAUCUUCGCACUCUAUACGCUCUGUACGUCAUCGUCAUUAUUAUCGAUUAGUUCGCCGGCGCUGAUGUACUCGCUCCGGACUGGAGCUGAAGUUCUGGAGAGCAUCUGGGGAGUUGAAGGAUCUUUAAAACUCACAAAUUCUUCCCUGUUCCGAAACACGAUGAUUCUAUCGCGGAGCAUAACGAGCAGUUUUAAUUUAAGGCAGUGAAAACCAACAACACCUGGCCCGUGAUUUUCCUGGGGUGUGUUGUACGAGAGUAUAUUUUCGAAGGCCUAACCAGAGCCAAGUGUGCGUUUCUGUGCAGUGUUGCAGAGGAAGAUCAUCGAUUUGGAAAAAGUGUACCGAGAUAUAUAUUUAUUUCAAUAUUUAUUUUGCUGUGUGUCAAUUGGGCAAGCCGGCAGAGAAGCAGAGUGCCGUGUGUGUGUGUGUGUUUGUGAUAAGAAGCGAAUCACACAAUUACGAAAAAUUGCCGUGUUUGUGCAGCGUGUGAGUUUCGACGAGAAAUUUUUGUGAAGCCGUUGAUUGGGCGUCCGAAAAGAGGAACCAGCCCGCAAGAAGAGCUGCUGCUGCGGUAGUGAAAGUGAAGUGAUAGCUCUGUUCAAAACUGUGGCAAUUGGCAUUGUUGCAGAGAGUACAGGAAGUGACCACCCAACCAGCGGUCACCAGCGACGGCGGAGGUUCCAGUUUGGUUGAACCCCCCCGGGCAGAAACCCCGAACUCAACUUCAGCACCUACAAUUCGAACACAACACAAUUUCCGCCAACCAAAACAUGAAAAUGGUGUUGUCACAACGGCAGCGCGAGGAGCUUAACCAAGCGAUUGCCGACUACCUGGGAAGCAAUGGAUACACAGACGCCCUGGAGGCCUUCCGGAAGGAGGCGGACAUGCCGAACGAGAUCGAGCGCAAGUACGGUGGCCUGCUGGAGAAAAAGUGGACCUCGGUGAUACGGUUACAGAAGAAGGUGAUGGAGCUGGAGGCGAAACUGUCCGAGGCGGAGAAGGAGGUCAUCGAGGGAGCACCCACAAAGGCGAAGCGCACACCGACGGACUGGAUCCCGCGGCCGCCGGAAAAGUUCACCCUCGCCGGCCACCGGGCCACAGUGACGCGCGUCGUCUUUCAUCCCGUGUUCAGUAUGAUGGUGUCGGCGUCCGAGGACGCCACCAUCAAGAUCUGGGACUUUGAGACGGGCGAGUACGAGCGGACGCUCAAGGGGCACACCGAUUCCGUGCAAGAUCUGGCGUUCGACUCACAGGGAAAAGUGUUAGCCUCCUGCAGUUCAGACCUCUCGAUCAAGCUGUGGGACUUCCAGCAGACGUACGAGUGCAUCAAAACCAUGCACGGCCACGACCACAACGUGUCGUCCGUCUCGUUCGUCCCGGCCGGCGACUACCUGCUGUCGGCGUCCCGCGACAAAACCAUCAAAAUGUGGGAGGUGGCCACCGGGUACUGCGUGAAAACGUUCACCGGGCACCGCGAGUGGGUCCGGAUGGUGCGCGUCAACGUGGACGGCUCGCUGAUGGCGUCCUGCUCAAACGACCACUCCGUGCGGGUAUGGCAGACCAACUCCAAGGAGUGCAAGGCCGAACUGCGAGAGCACGAAAACACCGUCGAGUGCAUUGCCUGGGCACCGGAAUCGGCCACGGCGGCCAUCAACGAGGCAGCUGGGGCGGACAACAAAAAGGGAGCCCACCAGGGACCGUUCCUAGCGUCGGGAUCCAGAGAUAAGACGAUUAGGAUCUGGGACGUCAGCUCCGGGCUGUGUCUGUUCACGCUCGCCGGCCAUGACAACUGGGUCCGGGGCAUCGUGUUCCAUCCUGGCGGCAAGUACAUGAUUUCCGCCAGCGAUGACAAAACGUUGCGCGUCUGGGACCUGCGCAACAAGCGCUGUAUGAAGACCCUGUACGCGCACCAGCACUUCUGCACCUCGCUCGAUAUGCAUAAAUCUCACCCGUACGUCAUAUCGGGCAGCGUGGACACGACGGUCAAGGUUUGGGAGUGUCGCUAAGCGGCGACGCCACGGUUCCGCAAGCCGUCUCGCUUUCAAUUGUUCUUUUUUUGUACUACUACUACUAACUCAAUAGUGAUUGGAGUGGAGUGUGUGAAACAGGCAAACACCCGAGCGCGCGCGCACGCACGCCGCAAGGGAAGACGAACAGCAGAACGCCGCCGGAAGUGGCAGCGUGGAAUGUUGUUGUUGCAGCAGCAGCAACUGAACAGCAGAGGUAUCUCUAUUUCAGUAACUAAAAGUUCUACAAAACAUACGCAAGCAAAAUGCAAAACAAACACACACACACUAACAUUCUACAAACACAAUACACAGAAGAAAGAAAAAACACAUUACAUAUGGAUAACCAAGCUAAGAUUUACAAUUGUACCAGUAACAGGCAAGCAAAAAGAACACUCAAAAAUUAAUCUCCUUCUUUUAAUGAAAUCAGCAUUGAUAGCAAACAAAACAAGUUUCCAUAGUUUGAACCUUAAACUACCCACACCACAGUCAACAUAAAAACAACAACAAACAACAGCAGCAACAUACUGAUUAUAGCGAUGCAAGCAUGCAAAAAUUUACAACAACAAAAAAAUACAUAUUAUCAUAUUCUAUUCUUAUAAUUACCUAUUCUUAGAAAGUAGUAGAAACUAUAUUGGGAAAAUCAAGCAAACAAAAAAACAAACGCAGAUGAAGCAAAAAACAUGAUUUUGGACGGAGCGAGCGCGGGCUUGCGCGGCCACGCGGCCGCAAUCGAUGAAGGGGAACGCCUGACCUGAACGACCAAGACGACUGAGUACGAUCACCGCCAACGCAACGCCUACGAACGAAAAAGAAAACGAUUUGCAAAAUGUGACGAAACUGUUUGCGUUCGAUUAUUGUUGUUCUCUCUUAUCGUGCGCACAAGCAGCCAAAAGCAGCUCGUUCGGUUCGAAGGUCUCGAGGGUCUUUCCGCGUCUGGGGGUCGUUGAAAAUGGGGACAGAACAUCGUCCGGAGGUCCAGAAUUGGUGCGUUUUUGCGGGUUUCGUUCUAGUACUGCAAAGAGAGACAAUUUCUUUCUUGGACAGGUUCGGAGAGAUUCUGUCGGCGAGAGGAUGCUUACAGUGCAGUACUAGAGCAAACCCAAAUGUUUCAUCUCGCUCAGUAGUAGUACUAGAUUGGCGUGACGUGUCGCAUACCGUGUAUGCUGCACUAGCUCACCAAACUGCUCAAUAUCAGCGUUAAGAUUUUGGAACUGUAGCACAACGCGACAUCGAAAUGCAAUUUUUUUGGAUAACUAGGGAGUAAAGUUGUGUUCAAUCUAGUACCGCAACGAGGUUAGGAAAAAUGCACAUUUUGUAGCUAAUUUUAUUGAAUUUUCCAAAUUAAUUUUUUUCCGUGUUUUCUCUCACUGUCUGCGCUCUGCUCGGAACAAAAGUUACGCCAGAGCGCAACGCGUGAGAGAAGACGAGCGAAAAUGUGUCGGAAAGAGAGAGAACCUUUCUCUUUUCUCUUUACAAACUGCCUGCUUUUUGGGAGCUGCUGCUCAAACAUUCUACUGGAUUUGCGCAAAUGAUUCUCUUAUUUUGCGCGCGCGUGCGCGAGUUGUUUCAUUCCCGUGUAAAUAUAACAAAUUAAAAUCAGGAAGAAUGUCGUAGCUCGAUUGCGAGAGUAAUUUUUACCACACACUCACAUUUACAAACACACAAAUAUUAGUGAAUUAUUUUUUACAAUCACAAAAA